AGGCGGGGGCGGGCUCUUCCCUCGAAGAUUCCAUGUGACGCUCCUCAGUAGUUCCCAGGCGGUCACAUCUGAGAGCCGGAGACUAUGAAUCAGAAGGUCGGGUUGUUCGUUCUUCUGGCCGCGGGCCUCCUCUGCCUCAGCCUCGUCUCUCGGGCUGAGGACCUGAUUGAAGACGGUCUGGGCGACGACGUAGACGUGGAGGACGACCUGGAUCUGGGUCUGGCCGGAGACGAGGAGGAGCUGGAGGGAGACGGGCAGGACGAUGCUCCACCGGCGCCGAAAACUCCUCCUACGCCCAAGGUGAUCUACAAGGCUCCAGAGCCGAUGGGGGAACAUUUCAUCGCAGAGUCUUUUGACCGGGGGACCCUAGACGGCUGGGUGAUGUCCAACGCCAAGAAGGACGACACCGAUGAAGACAUCGCCAAGUAUGACGGUAAAUGGGCGGUGGAGGAGAUGAAGGACAGCAAGCUGCCCGGUGAUAAAGGUCUGGUCCUGAAGACUCGAGCCAAACAUCACGCCAUCUCAGCCCAGCUGCUGCGACCUUUCACCUUCGACGCCAAGCCGCUCAUCGUCCAGUACGAGGUGAACUUCCAGUCGGGCAUCGACUGCGGCGGCGCCUACGUGAAGCUGCUGACUCAGACUCCGGACCUCGACCUGGACCAGUUUAAGGAUAAAACUCCGUACACCAUCAUGUUCGGACCCGACAAAUGCGGAGAGGAUUACAAACUUCACUUCAUCUUCAGACACAAAAACCCCAAAACGGGAGAGUACGAAGAGAAGCACGCCAAGAAACCUGACGCUGACCUGAGGACGUACUACACAGACAAGAAGACACACCUGUACACACUGGUGUUGAACCCUGACAACAGCUUCGAGGUGCUGGUGGAUCAGACGGUGGUGAACAGCGGCAGCCUGCUGACGGACAUGACCCCCCCGGUGAACCCCCCCGCCGAGAUCGAGGACCCCGACGACCAGAAGCCGGACGACUGGGACGAGAGGCCCAAGAUCCAGGACCCCGCGGCCGCCAAGCCCGAAGACUGGGAUGAAGACGCUCCCGCUCAGAUUCCAGACGAAGACGCGGUGAAACCAGACGGCUGGCUGGACGACGAGCCCGAGUACAUCGGAGACCCCGACGCGGUCAAACCUGAAGACUGGGACGAGGACAUGGACGGCGAAUGGGAGGCUCCGCAGGUCCCUAACCCCGCCUGCGAGACGGCGCCCGGCUGCGGCGAAUGGAAACGGCCGAUGAUCGACAACCCCAACCACAAGGGCAAGUGGAAGCCCCCCAUGAUCGACAACCCCAACUACCAGGGCGUGUGGAAGCCGAGGAAGGUCCCCAACCCGGCGUUCUUCGAGGACCUGCAGCCGUUCAGGAUGAGCGCGUUCAGCGCCGUCGGGCUCGAGCUCUGGUCCAUGACCUCCGACAUCUUCUUCGACAACUUCUUCAUCACCGACGACCGCAACACCGCUGAGCGCUGGGCCGCCGACGGCUGGGGGCUGAAGAAGGCUGCGGAGGGCGCCGCUGACCCCGGUCUGGCCACUCAGAUGUUGAACGCCGGAGCCAUGGGGCGCGGUCGGCUCCACCUUCCCUCUGGUAUUCUGGUUCUUCUCGUCCUUCUCCCCUGUUUUCAGCUUUGUGUGUGUGUGUGUGUGUGUGUGUGACUUCCACAGAGGUCUUCAGGAUCAGGUCAGGGUCAGUUGAGUCUCAACAACUUACAGGAAGAGUUAAAGGAAGCCGGACGCCCAAAACGACCUGCCGCCUCUGGCCUGAAGAAGAGCCCAGCGACGCCGGCAGCGGAGUACAAGAAGACGGACGAAGCUCAGCCAGACGUGAAGGAGGAAGACGAAGAGAAGGAAGAAGAAGAGGAGGAGGAGGAGGAGAAGGCUGAAGAGGCAGAGAAGAGCAGUCCAGCUGCAGAAGAGAAGAGUGAAGGAGAGGAAAGUGCUGCAGAGGACGAGGAAGCAGAGAAGGAGGAAGAGAACGAGGAGACGGCUGAUGAUAAGUUGGAGGACGACGUUCUGCGGAGAUCUCCCAGGAACAGGGGGAACAAGGUCAGAAAGGACUGAUAUCUCUGAAUCCACAGCCCUGACCUCAACACCUUCCCAUCUCCCCCCUCCCCUAAAAUAUCUCCCUCCUCUCCCUCCCCUCCCCCUCUACUCGUCUGCUCCGAGGCGAUGAAGCCUAAAGUGGAACCCGUGGAAGCAGCGAAGCCGACAGGAAACUAAUCAAGACCUCCGAUACGGACGCCUGCUCAUCACGACGAUGACGACGAUGAUGAUGAUGAUUCCAGUAUGAACCGGACUGAGUUAGCGUGUUAGAAAGGAUAUUUUGUUUUUGAAAGAGAUUAACUGAGAUUUAACUAAAACUUCCUGCAUCAUUCCUUUUAAAACAACACCCGAGCAGAUAAAAAGGAGAGUUCUCUGCGCUUCUGCAGACCACAACAAUCCGGUGCAACCAAGGCAGGACACCACAGUAUAAAAUAGCAAACUCUGACCCACGGGAUCACCGCAUCCUGCCCCGUCCCGUCUGCCGCACUACCACCUCCACCACCCGCUCACCGCCCAGCGCCAUCCUGAGCUAGCGAGCCCACGCUCUACCGACAGCCUGCUAAUAGGCUCUCAGCAACUUGCUAAUAAGUCUACUGACAGAUGGAAAUUUGGCAACACAACGCCCACUAGUUGGCCCACAAUCUGAGGUGACAAUCCUCCUGUUUUGGGCUACCAACAGACUGCUAAUUAGCUCACUAUCGGGGUGCUAAUUAGGCUAAAAGAAGUCAGAAUUAUCCAAGAAAUAUUCAGAGAAAUUGUGGGGCAAAUGUCUUGCCAAUUAGCCCACAAAUUAUGCUGCUAAUUAGCUCUAGCAACUUCGGAAAUUUGGCAACUCGACUCCCACUAGUUAGCCCACAAUCUGAAGUAACCAUCUUCCUGUUUGGGCUACCAACCAUCUGCUAAUUUGCGUGCUAUCAUGGCGCUAUUAAGGCUAACAGUAGUCCGAAUUAUCCUACAAACGUUAAGAGAAAUCGCCAACCUAAAGUCUUGCCAAUUGGUCUACAAACAGGCUGCUAAUUAGCUCUCAACGACUUGCUAAUAACUCUCCUUACAGGUGGAAAUUUGGCUUCAACAAGUUAGCCCGCCAUUGGAAGUAACCAUCUUCCUUCUUGGGCUACCAACAGUCUGCUAAUUAGGCUAACAGUAGUCCAAGUUAGCCAAUGAGCAGUGAGUGAAAUCGCCAACGCUAAAUGUCUUGCCAAAUAGUCUACAAGUAGCUCUCAACAACUUGCUAACAAGUGUCAUGGCAGCAAUUUGUUUAUCAAUUCCCACUGACUAGCCAACGAUGUUUGGGCUACAAGCAGUCUGCUAAUUAGCCUAAUUAGCCCCCUGAUAGUGAGCUAACAGUAGUCAGAAAUGAUCCCAUGAGCAGUGGGAGAAAUUGCUAAUUAGCUUAUGAACAUGCUGCUAAUUAAGUUGCUAACAUUUCCAACAACUGUCUCGUUUUCCAGGCUAGUCAGUUAUCUUGUAACCAACACGCAAAUUAGCCUGCUAACAGUUGUUUUUUUAUCCUCAUGGGAGACGUAUUACCCUACAAUUGAUCAGGGAAUUGACUAAUUGUACUUUUAGCCUGCUAGGUAGCUCAUGAGCAACUUGGUAGCUAUCAGGCUACUUGUACUACAAUUUUAAGUAGCCUACUGUUGUCCCAUUUUGGACUAAUUAGCGUUAACAACGGGCUGCUAACAAGCCCACAAAUAAUGUAAUUUACUUACCAACAAUUAGCCUGCUAAGAAGAUGAUUUGCCUACUAACUGUUGGCUCGUUAGCCGUCCUAGAAUUUUACAAAUUAGUGAUUUAGUGAUUAGCCACAGCGGGCACCCCCUGCUAAUAUUUAAACAGAAAAAAAAAAAUGACAGCUGAUACAUUUUCUUCCCUUUUUUUCAUGUCUCAUUUUCUUGUCGUUGAAUUGUGUUUUAGUUUUAAAGCUGUUUGCUCCAUGUUAGCUCCACACGUAGCGCUCGUGUUUCCUCAGCGUUUCCUCUGUUUUGUUGUCCUGAUGGCAGCUGAGAGGAGGUGGGGGGGGGGUAAGAAGGUCAGAGGUCAGAGGUCAGAACAACGGAGCCUGGAAGCGUUGGACAGAAAGCAAUAGAGGCAGAUCUAACCGUGAAGGUCAGUGACGCCAGAUCGGUCUUUGCAGCAGACGAACUUCUGGAACGAACAUCAGAAAACCUCACUUCUCCAGUUGUUGUCUCGGUUGUUUCUGAAACGUGACUCACCCUGGAAACGAGGUUUUCACCCUCUCGUAGUCAGUUAUUGUCCAUUUUUACUUCAACUUCUUCUGCGUUAGAGCGCUACCUCUCCUCUACUCCUUCAUCUGUCCAAACAAACAUGACAGCAGCUCGUUAGCUCUUCCUGUCCAAUAACGAGUGUUUUUCUGAGUUUAGUCUCUCCGGUAGGGCUGCAACUAACGUUAACUGUCCCAGAGUUAUGAAGAAACUAGAAAGUAUUCACAUUUAACAAGUAGAGGUGUGAAUCUUCACUAAUCUCCCGAUUCUGUUCCGAUAAUUAUGUCUUCGAUUCGAUAUCUCGAUGCGUCAAAUCCAUGUUUCUAUUAAAGCCAUGUAGGAUAUUUAAUUCGUAGCCUUUAAGCUUCAAAAACCAAACAUUCUGCAGAGCUCUAAUACUAAAUAACUUGGAUACUUAACAGCACUGAGCACAUGGCACUUUCUGAACGUGCAAAACCGAAAGGUUGUUAGGCCUACGUUAAACUGUAAACAGAAAUAAUCAAUUAUGAGCCGGCCGGCCAGCAUCGUCCGUGUCCAUGACUCGAUGCAUCGAUUAUUUGAUUAAUUUCAACACCUCUAGUAUUUUCUGAGUUUAGUCUCUCCGGUAGGGCUGCAAACUAACGUUACUGUCACAGAGGAGUGAAGAAACUAGAAAAUAUUCACAUUUAACGAGCUGAAAUCAGAAUUUUGACCUUAUUUUACAUUAAAAAAAUGACUCCAAUCAAUGAAUCAUUUCUUAAAAAUGGUUGCAGAUUCCUUAAAGAAGUUAUCUUUGCAGCUCUGCUUUCAGACGAUAACAAAACCAGCAUCUGUCGGGGUUUUUCUCGACAGGAUUACCUUCGGUUCCUCUCUGGGGAUUGGAUGCGUCCACCUUUUACCUUCACAGCCAAACUAAACCUCUGUAGCUUUUCUAGUUAAAGUUAAACCUGAGUGUAACGAGCUGCUGUCGUCUUCUGUUUGGACGUUAAACUAAAGUCGUGCCAGCAGGUGGACGGACACCCAGCCCCGUUUCAUCAACCCCAUAUGAAAAGAAAAAUACGGCACUAAGGGAAAAACUCCGGCGCUUAAAACCCUCUCACCCGUCCGCCUGCUGCACCGCGACGCCGCGGCCGGUCACAAACGCCCUCCUGCACAGACCCUGAAUCUGUGCCGGGAGUUUAAGCCCCAUGUUUUUAAAGACAGCACUUGAGCGUGACUCGAAAUUACUUAACGGUUUCACUUAGCGGCUUUUUCCUCCGGAGCUUUCAGCGGCAUCUCGCGAGUCUUCGUCGAGGGAUGGAGAUCGAACUUAACCCUUGUGUUGACUUGGGGGUCAAAUUGACCCGUUUUUGUUUUUACAUCAGAAAAUAUGGGACGUAGAAAUAAGCGCUGAAAGUGUAAAGGAGGUUGACCGGAAGACAGCACAAGGGUUAAGCGAAACUUUAUCCACAGAUGAAGACUGUGAGGACAGGUUGAAAGCUCCAGGAAAAACUGGUGAGUGAAGCUCGAACUGAGACGAAAAAGAAACUGGGAAGUUCAGAAAGUUUUUCAACUUAUAAAAUCAAAUUUUUCUGUUUAUGGAUGGCAUCUAUUCUGCCCGUUUAUAUAUAUAUUAUUAGUUAGCGUUGUUUUCUGUUUAUGGCUGGCAUCUAUUCUGCCCGUUUAUAUAUUAUUAGUUAGCGUUGUAAGUUGUGCGCAAUUCGUGCCCAUACGUCUGUCAUCCUAGAGAAGCAGAAACGGCCGAUCAAGGACAUUUUUGAAGAGGAAAGUAAUCCCCAGUAACCACCGGGGGAUGGCUAAAAUAAAACCAGAGCUGAAAUAUUUAAGGAUGUUAACGUAAACUACUUGUUGUCGUCUGCUGCUGACCACCGAAAAACUAUCAGAAUGGCUCGAAAGUUUCUGGAAAGUUAGUUUAAACCUGACCCUUCCUCUUGCUCCUCCAUCAGGACAACACAAAAAAGCUCCCUAGAAGAGCACAACAAAGGAGAAUUAUUCCCAUGUACUUUGCCUGUAAAAGAAGAAAAAGAAAAAUUCUUAACUUAUGUGUGUUUUUUUUUUUUUUUAUUCAUCAUGUAAUGCAGAAGAUUUCAUCCUGUAAAGAAGCUCCUCUGACUUUAACUUCCAUGUGACUUGAGCGAGCAUCAUUCUGUGGCGUCCGUGUACAGCUUUUGGAGAGUUCAAAUAUACAAACAAAUCUGAAAUAAAACUGGUUUUGUUAAUCUUGAAAAGUGUGUGUGGAAAAAGAAUUAACUACAUUAGUCCAGUCUUGUAUCCAUGACGUAUAUACGUGACUGUCGCUGUGUCUGUCUGUCGUCCUCUUGUAUCACACGUACCGGUAAAAGCGACUAAAGGGUCUGGUUUUUGUUGUUGAUUUAAUUAAGGUCAGGGUUCCCGGCAAUGACGAGCAAGCUGCGUACUGAUUAUCUAAUGGGGGGUUUUGAGAGGAAGUGGGCAGGGUGCAGGGGAAGCCAGAAUUUGAAGUCUCUCUGGCUGUCGGUGAGGUCAGGUUUUUUGGGGCUUGAGGUGUACUGGAGGUCCCCGCUUCCAUAACCUUUAUUUCCCUCAUUGAAUUUUAUUUUAUUUCUUUUUUUUUUAAGGCUAACAACAAGCCAGUUUAGCUGUAAGCUCUGCUGCUUGUAGUCUUUCUGGAAAGUGUGGGGAAUAUAAAGCUUCUAUAACGUCUGGGCUUUAGGAUAAACCGCCUCCAGCAUCAGCAGCGUUACAUUCCCAGCCAUACUCUUUCAUCGUCGCCCUUCCCUUUCUCUUCUUUUUUUAUUUUAGUCUCAGAUUCUUUUUGUGUCCGGCUGAAGCUGCCUAUAGCUUAACAAGACUGUAGACUGAACACUGUAUCUGCUGGUGAAUCUUUACAUGACUCUGUAUCUCUGUACUUUUUAUUUUAAUUUUUUGUUGACAUUGUGUUUUGAACUAAACUUUAAUAAUGGUUGGCCCAGCCUGUUUCUGAUGUACACACCUAUGUGGAGAGAUGGACCUGCUGACACGCCACACGAAAAAAAAAAAAAGGUCCAACUUUGACUAGAAAUACUGUGAUGAUGGAGCCUUGUGUGUGUGUGUGCGUGUGUGUAUGCGUGCGUGUGCGUGGACACGCUGUCAAAAUUUGUUUUGAUGAAUAAAAAACGGCCAAAUGGAAACUAAACGA